AUGUUCUACCAAAGAGUCCUCGCCAUCCCGCCCCCACGCUCCCCGCGCGAGCCGGGUCGCCGUCGCGGUGCACCCACCUUCUGGGCCGCGGAGGAGCCCCCGCCCCAGCUCGCCCGCCGCAUCAGAGCUGCCGCCUACGUGAGCGUCGGGGUGUCCGGGAGGCAAGGUCUGGGCUCCGUUCCCGGAGAUGUGACCGGCAGGGGGAGGGAGACGACGAGGAGGAGGAGCCCGAGAUAUUGCACCGGGGCGGGGCGCCCGGGCGGGCGGCGGCGGGGCCACCCCGGACACAGCGCGCAGCACGAGCACCCCCGCGCGGCCGCCUGGGACGCCCCCCGCCCCGGACGGCUUUGCCUGGGGUCCGGGGCCCGGGGCUGGCCCUAUGUCCCGUCGCCCUCGGCGACCGGAGAGACUACCAAGUGUGUUUCCUUGCGUUUAGGGGAAACUUUCCCUCAGGGGGAAACUGAGGCCCGUUGCUCCAGACCCCACCGCCCAACUCCAGAGACAUCCUCCAGAAGUGCCAGAUCCCAGGCCAGACACUUGUGCCGCCUCCGAGCCCAGGACAAGCGGGGCCAAGGCAGGGUAUCAACAGUCCCAGCCCUAGCCCUGGCCACCCCUCGCGCCCGGCCCCGCAGCCCGGCGGCACACGUGGGUCGGACGCGGCUCAGCCCAGCUGCGGCCCCGGGUCGUCCUCUCCACGUGGAAGCCACAGCGUCCUGGGGCCGGCCUGGAGGACUCCACCCCCGUCGUGUCACUGCGAGUCGGACGGCGAAAGCAAAUUUUCAUUAUUCAUCCAUGUUUCGGAACAAUCCCAACACAUGAAUUAUAAGCAAAAGAAACCUAUUACAAAAUAUAUGAGGAAGUUUCUGACUCAACUUCCUGCUGAAAUUCCUAGGAAGACAGAGACGAAGAUGAAGGCUCAGUUAACCCUCGUAUCCGGGAGAUGAUGAAACAUAGCGGUUCGGAGUUUGGACAUCCUGUGGUCCUGGAGGAGAAUGUUGAUUCCGCCGCAGUAGGAAGCUGUCGACCUUGAGAAAAUGACCUACCAACUUUGUGCCUCUGUUUCCCAAUCUGUAAAAUGGGGAUUCCAAUGCCUGCCUGGUGGGGGUAGGGGUGGGGGUUAAUCUGAGGAUUUCCUACAACAGUAUUUAUGUAUAACCAGGAUGACUUGCUUCACAAAACCCACGCAAAACCCAUGCAAAACCCAUGCAACAAAAGGCACAUUUCUUGA